ACCGGGAAUACCGAAAUCCCGGCUCUCCUCCCUGCUCCUGCCCGUUUUCCGCAGGGCUCCAUGGACUGCCCCGACCUAGAGUUCGACUAUGGAGACACCGACGGCCUCGCGCCGGAGCUGUCAGGCACCUUCGGGGACUGCGAGGACGAGGGCGACGUCCUGCGCUGGUCGCGGCACAACAGCUUCCUCCUCUACCAGAUGGGGACCUUCUCGGCCUUCCUGGAGCUCCUGAACAUGGAGAUAGAGCGUUCUGGGAUUCAGAGGAUGGGGGACAAGCGUGGGGAAGGAGCCGCUGAGGAGUUCACGCUGGGCGGCUUCGAGGCGCUGCAGGCGCUGAAGGUGCAGAGGAGGCAGGAGCUGGGGCUGCCGCCGCUGCCCGAGGCCUCCUCCCGGGGGCAUCGCGGGCUUCCCCGCGCGCGUCCCGCCCCUCCCGCGCUCCCUCUUCCUCUGCAGCCCCUGGUGAAGCAGGACAGCCUGGAUAUCUACAAUGAGAGGGACCCCUUCAAGAAUGACGAAGGAGGAGUGGAUGAAGAGGAAGCCGAUGACGUGGACGGUGGCAUCGAGGGCGAGCUGGACCUCAUGGAGCGGGAUGCGGUGAUCCCGGCCGUGCCAGCUCAGUGCCCGCCUGUGGAAAAGGUGUCCUUCCCCAAAGGGCUCCCCUGGGCCCCCAAAGUCAGACAGAAGGACAUCGAGCAUUUCUUGGAAGCGAGCAGGAACAAGUUCAUCGGAUUCACGCUUGGGCAAGACACCGAAACCCUAAUAGGGCUACCCCGGCCGAUCCACGAAAGCGUGAAGACCCUCAAGCAGCACAAGUACGUUUCCAUCUCCGAUGUGCAGAUCAAGAACGAGGAGGAGCUGGAGAAGUGCCCUAUGUCCCUGGGGGAAGAGGAAGUCCAAGAAACACCCUGCGAGGUCUUGUAUCGAGCCAUGUUGUAUAAUCUGCCCCAGUAUAUGAUCGCGUUGCUGAAGAUCCUCCUUGCUGCAGCUCCCACCUCCAAAGCCAAGACCGACUCCAUCAACAUCCUGGCAGACGUGUUGCCUGAGGAGAUGCCCACCACUGUGCUCCAGAGCAUGAAGCUGGGCAUCGACGUGAACAGGCACAAGGAGAUCAUCGUGAAGAGCAUCUCCGCCGUGUUGCUGCUGCUCCUCAAGCACCUCAAGUUGAACCACAUCUACCAGUUUGAGUACGUGUCCCAGCACUUGGUGUUUGCCAACUGCAUCCCGCUGAUCCUCAAGUUCUUCAACCAAAACAUCAUGUCUUAUAUCACCGCCAAGAACAGUAUCUCCAUGCUGGAUUAUCCCUAUUGUACAGUGCAUGAUUUGCCCGAGCUCACCGCAGAAAGCCUG